UGCAGGAUAAGAAAGUAAAAACUGGAAGGUCGCAGUGGUUCCCUUAACAGAGAAAAAAAUAUCCUGCGGAAGUCCGGAAACCCAGAGAAGCCUGCGCACCUCAGAAGGAGAUCUGGGCCCCCAGAAAAGGACUGGAGUGCUUCUUGGGUGUCUAGUGAGAUAACCACGGUACCAGAAACCAGGGGAAUUUACAGUUCUGUGUAAGCAUCCUCCAGGACACUGUACCAUCAAGAACAAUGGAGGCCAGCAGGAAGCUCAUUUGCAGACAAAGGCAAGUCCUUUUUUUCUUUUUCCUAUUAGGAUUCUCUCAAGUGAGUGCAGGGGAACUAAGGCGCUAUGCUGUGGUGGAGGAAAAGGAGGGAAGGUCCUUUGUAACCAAUUUAGUAAAUGACUUGGGUCUUGGGCAGCUGGAACUCUCCAGGCGAGGGGCUAAGGUCAUUUCUAAAGGUAACAAACUGCAUUUGCAGCUGGAUCAGGAGACGGGGGAUUUGCUGUUAAAUGAGAGAAUGGAUCGUGAGGAACUGUGUGGGCUCACAGAGCCAUGCCUGCUGCGCUUCCAAGUGCUGCUAGACAACCCCUUAGAAAUUUUUCAAGCUGAGCUAGAAGUAACAGACAUAAAUGACCACUCUCCAACAUUCCUGGACAAAGAAAUCAUGCUAAAGAUAUCAGAGAGCAGUCUUCCUGGAACUACAUUUCCCCUGAAGAACGCUCAGGACAUGGAUAUAGGACAAAAUGGCAUUGACAACUAUCUUGUCAGUUCCAAUUCUUACUUCCACGUGCUCACUCGAAAACGCAGUGAUGGCAAGAAAUACCCUGAACUGGUACUAGACAGAGCACUGGAUAGAGAGGAGGAGGCUGAGCUCAGGUUAACGCUCACCGCGCAGGAUGGCGGCUCUCCACCUAGGUCUGGCACCACUGAGGUCCACAUCGAAGUAUUGGACUUCAAUGAUAAUGCUCCUCAGUUUGAGCAGCUUUUAUACAGAGCACAGAUCCCAGAGGAUAGUCCAAUAGGCUUUCUGAUCAUCACUGUCUCUGCUACAGAUAAGGACAUAGGGGUCAAUGGAGAGAUCUCCUAUUCACUCUUCCAAGCUUCAGAUGAUAUUAGCAAAACCUUUUCAAUCCACCCCUUGACAGGGGAAGUGCGGUUGAAAGAACACCUUGAUUUUGAAAAGACUCGGUCCUAUGAAGUAAAUGUUGAGGCAAAAGAUGCUGGAACGUUUUCGGGAAAAUGCGCGAUUCUGGCACAGGUCACGGAUGUAAAUGACCAUGCUCCCGAGAUUAUCCUGUCUGCAUUAACAAAUCCCAUCCCUGAGAAUUUACCAGAAACUAUGGUGGCAGUUUUUAGCGUUUCUGAUCUAGAUUCAGGAGAAAAUGGGAAAAUAAGCUGUUCCAUUCAGAAUGAUCUACCCUUCUUUCUAAAGCCUUCCGGAGAAAACUUUUACACGCUAUUAACACAAAAACCUUUAGAUAGAGAGACUACAGCAGAGUACAACAUCACCAUCACCGUCUCCGACAUGGGCUCACCCAGGCUCACAACCCAGCACACCAUAGCAGUGCAGGUGUCCGACAUCAACGACAACGCCCCCGCCUUCACCCAAUCCUCCUACACCCUGUCUGUCCGCGAGAACAACAGCCCCGCCCUGCUCAUAGGCUCCAUCAGAGCCACAGACUCAGACUCUGGCUCCAACGCCCACAUCACCUACUCGCUGCUGCCGCCACAGGACCCGCAGCUGGCACUGGCGACGCUCAUCUCCAUCAAUACCAAUAAUGGGCAGCUGUUCGCGCUCAGGUCCCUGGACUACGAGGCUCUAAAGUCCUUCGAGUUCCGCGUGGCCGCCACAGACCACGGCUCUCCAGCUCUCAGCAGCCAGGCGCUGGUGCAAGUCCUGGUGCUGGACGACAAUGACAAUGCGCCCUUCGUGCUCUACCCUCUGCAGAACGCCUCUGCGCCCUGCAAUGAGCUGCUGCCCAGGGCGGCGGAGCCUGGCUACCUGGUCACC